GACUGUCGAAACACAGGUACAUAGUAUGUUAGGUACAUUAUGAUUAGGUAAAACUUUUCAAACACUUUUAAGCUUCAUAAUUAGCAUGCGUGCUCUCAUCGUAACUAGUCCCACCGGAAUCUUCAGCACUAACCUCCACAACAUGUCCAGCCUCGACGACACCGCACAAGAGCAGCUCCAGCUCGGAAGCUGCUACCAGGACCAGUUGCUCCGGUUUGUCAACAACUCGUUCCUGGCGGACGUAAGCUUUCUGGUGGGUGCGGACGCCAAGCGAUUCUACGCGCACCGCGUUCUGCUGGUCCAUUGCAGUGAGGUAUUUAGCGAAAUGUUUCGACCGCGUGCCGAGACGACCAAGAAACGCAAGUCCGUCACCACGGUCAUCGUGAAGAACGUCAAGCCGAGCGUAUUCCUCGAGAUGCUGUACUUUAUCUACUGCGGGGAUUGCGAGGUUACGCGGAAGAACGUGUUCGAUUUGCUGCUGGUUGCUUCAAAGUACCUGAUUUACUAUCUGCAGAAAAAGUGCGAACGAUUUUUGAUGGAGAAUAUAGAGAUUGUGCUGGAAGAGUACGUGGCAGCAUCCAAGAGGAUUGAUUUGCGGGUGCAACAGUUGUGUCUGAGCCAGAUUAGUUCUAACAUUGUUAAAGUAUGUCAACUACCGCAGUUUCUGAAGCUACCUGGCACCCUUGUGUUGAUGAUUUUUAAGCAAAAGUUUAGACACGGCACCGAUCGUCAGCUCAUGGAUGCCGUCGAUCGCUGGCGAGCAAGUCAGAAAGACCAGGAUCAAGCAAAUCGUGUCUAUCGGAUAGUUGAAUCGCAUUCACCGGCUGGCAUCGCUAAUGGACGGGUGUCGUCCGAUGGUACCGCGGACCGUACCUCCAUUCGAGCACUGGCUGUGGGUCCCACCGAUCAAGUCGAGGCCAGCAGCUUUCCAUUCGAACCGAUGCAACCGAUGAGCAGUGAAGUGACUUCCGUUUAG